AUGAGCCAGACUGAACACAGUUCUCAUGACUCCUUGUCGCCAGAAGAGUGUGACAGGCUUGUGCUUUCACCCCCUCCAGUUGCUUUCGAUGCAGCGAAACUUAAGGAGUUCCUUUGUGUUAAUCGUGCUAUUUCUGCGAAGGUCAGUCUGCACUCAGUGAACAUAGCUGAAUAUUCUUCGCCUCCACCGAGGCAUGCUAGUGUUGCCUGGUCCCGUAGUGAAUUUGAUUCCAAAUUCAGGCAUUAUGAGUCAGAAUUAAAAUCGGCCGUCACCUCUGAAGCCCUUCAAGAGGUGCACUUGAAAAGAAUCUCACUGGAUCCUCAAAAAGACUCAGAGCCGGUAACUGCUUCACCAUCUCCCAUCUCGAUUUGUACCGAAGGGUCGGAGAGUGUUCUUCCGGCCUCACAGACGGCAAGUCGGCCGGUAGUUCGAGGCGGCGUUUAUGGUUGGAGGCGCUUCCUCUGUUGCGUCCCUUCUCGCGCCAAAGUACUUGAACAUUCGGAUCGUCCGCCUCUUAGAGCCAUUUUGGGACGUGAUGAGUCCAUUCACUCGAAUCUCGAAGUUCUUCCCGAAUUUUCUGCUACAAAAUUUAGCAAAUCAUCCAACUGGUCUGGCCUAUUUAAGAGACAAAAGAACUUCAGCCCUGGAUCUACUAAGGCAGCGGUUAAGCUGCGCUCAGUGCAAAAGGCGCCCCAGCUAGCAGACGAGCGUCUUAAGUCACCCGCACCCGCGCUCCUUGUGACCCGACACGAGGCCUCGGUUUCAGUGCCAUCCGAGGCCGAUCACACUCAUUGUGAAGAAAAUGGUGUGGCGGGUUACCACGUGAACUUGGAUGACCGUAUGUCCGAGUCGGUUCACUCCCAAGAUAGUCUUCGUAGUGAGGACUCUGAUCUGGAACCCGUUGAUCAGGCGAAUCCUGGUGAGAAUUUGCUAGGACAACCAUCGCCUGACUGCAUAGGGAAGAAGUGUCUUGUUCUUGAUCUUGACGAGACACUGGUGCACAGCUCUUUCAAGCCUGUGGAAAAUGCUGACUUCACCGUGACAGUAGAAGUUGAGAAUGUUCAGCACGAGGUGUCGGUUUGCAAGCGGCCACAUUUGGAGACCUUCAUCGAGACAAUUGGUCCUCUGUUUGAGAUGGUUAUGUUUACGGCAAGCCUCAGCAAGGUGGCUUACUUUUCGAUCUUUCAGUAUGCGGACCCCGUUUGCGAUCGUAUUGACCCAUCGGGCCAUUUCAAACAUCGACUUUUCCGGGAGUCAUGCGUAUGCUUAAAAAGCAACUACAUUAAACACCUCGACGUCCUGGGUCGGGACAUCGAACAAAUUUGUAUUAUAGACAACUCUCCCAUCUCCUUCUACUUUCAUCGACAAAAUGCGCUACAAAUUGUCACAUGGUUCGAUGAUCCGAAAGACACGGCAUUGCUGGAUCUCAUCCCCUACCUCAAGGGUCUGGCUGAGGCACCUAGUGUUCUUGAAUACGUCUCGCAAUUCGCACCUCCACCGAGUGCAGCUAUUGCGCAGCCUGAUCUCUCCCCAUGGCUCUUUGGCGCCUCUGGUUUGUGGGGUGGGAGCUGGAGUGGCUACAAUGACGACGAGGAAGAGGAGGAAGACGCCGAAGUUCUCCAUGAUGGCUUUCACGGCUCUCAGCAAGGAUGCCAGGAUGGUGAGAGAGGUCUUGCCUCUCCACGCGACAUUAUCGCCAUGGCGUCAAGACCUACGGGUGAGGUCGUUACGGCAACCUAG